AUGAAUGCCCCAGAUCGAUACGAAAGAUUUGUUGUCCCUGAAGGCACCAAAAAGGUGUCAUAUGAGAGGGACACAAAGAUCAUAAACGCAGCAUCCUUUACAAUUGAGAGAGAGGACCACACCAUUGGAAACAUCCUCCGCAUGCAGUUGCACAGGGAUGAGAGUGUUCUAUUUGCCGGUUACAAGCUUCCUCACCCCCUUCAGUACAAGAUUAUUGUCCGGAUUCACACCACCAGCCAGUCUUCACCAAUGCAGGCAUAUAACCAGGCUAUUAAUGAUCUUGACAAGGAACUUGACCAUUUGAAGAGUUGUUUUGAGGCUGAGGUGGCAAAGCAUUCAGUGGAGUACUAA